GGGAAAAAACCAUGUUGUACCGAUGGCAGCAGUUCGUCUUAUUGCAAAACGGAUUUGUUUACGUUUGACUGUUGAGAAGAGAUGAUUUGGACCGCUGUUAGAAGGAACAGACUCCUUGUGUUUGUGAUCAUCGUUUUGUGUCCGCUGAUGUAUCAUUUUCUUUUGGAGAGAGAACGCUUACCUCAAAGAGUAGAAAGUAACCAAAUAGAUGAAGAACUAAUCAAGAAAAUACACACUCUGAGAGAAAGAUUACGUGAUGCAGAAUUUCAGAAUUCAGCCAGAUCUCAUGAACUUAUUUCACUUAAGGAACAGUUGACUAAAUUGGAAGCUGCAAGAAAUAGAAGAACUAAUAACUCUAUUACUCAUACUGACUUUAAGAAUUCAUCCAGGCUAUUUUUUGACAAUCAAAAUGUGCUCCAGUUACCAAGUAUUUAUAAUUUUAUGCCUCAUCUAAUGGAUUCUCCUGGCAGCCUAAAGCCUGCUUUGCAUGUAUCUAAGGACCGCCAAGGAGUGUCUCUAAUUUUUGGAAUUCCCACAAUAAAGCGAGAGAGGACGUCCUACCUAUUGGAUACACUUGCUUCAUUACUAGAUGCAAUGUCUCAGGAAGAUAAAGAUGACUGUGUUAUAGUCAUUUUUGUUGGUGAGACUGAUAUAGAAUUUAGUAAAGACGUAGCUAAUGGCGUCCAGCAAAGAUUUCCUAUAGAUGUUGAUUCAGGAUUGAUAGAAAUUGUCUCACCUUCAGCAAGUUUUUACCCAGAUCUGGAUACUGUUCCACUAACAUUUGGAGAUUCAAGAGAAAGAGUCAAGUGGAGAACAAAACAGAAUCUUGAUUUUUGUUACUUGAUGAUGUACUGCCAGAAAAAAGCAAGAUUUUAUGUUCAGCUGGAAGAUGACAUUGUGGCCACACCAUCUUUUGCUUCAACAAUCAAAACAUUUGCACUUCAACAAGAAACAAAUCAGUGGCUUAUUUUGGAGUUCUCAGCUCUUGGAUUUAUUGGAAAGCUUUUCCGUUCAAGUGACUUGAGUAUGGUUGUGGAGUUCUUUCUAAUGUUUCAUAAAGACAAACCUGUUGACUGGCUGAUGGAUCACAUUUUGUGGGUCAAAGUCUGUAACCCUGAAAAAGAUCAACAACACUGUGCAAGAGAGAAGUCACACUUACGAAUAAGGUUCAAACCUUCUCUCUUUCAACAUGUUGGCAAAGAAUCAUCACUGAAAGGAAAGAAACAAAACUUAAUUGAUAAAGACUUCAAGAAAGCACCAUUGUUCCAAGCUCACUUAAACCCCAAGGCUGUGUCAAUUUCAUCACUGGAACCAUAUCAAGGCUACACCAUAGACCGUGCAUACAAAGGGCAGACAUUCUUCUGGGCUUAUCCUCCCCAUACUGAUGAUGUUAUGAGAUUCAAAUUUGAUCAAGAAAUCACAAUAGAAAAGUUUCGUUUCAAGUCUGGAAAUCUUGAGCAUCCUGGUGAUAUCAUAAGGAAUGCUUCAGUGGAAGUUCUUCCAGUUACGGCCCUGGCUCAGGCAAAGAAGAUGCCAGAGCCUGGCAGGGAAGGAUCACCAGAAGCAAAGAAAAAUUUCAUGAAGUAUGAGUUUCCUUUGACCAGUUACAAAAGUGUUGGCAUGUUCACACCUGCUGGUCUUGCCGAUGGCACAGUACCCGAAGAGAUUGGAAAAGUUGUGGAAAUGAGAGUACGUGUACUGGGUCAUAACAGUUUGAACUGGAUAAUGCUAAGUGAGAUACACAUUGUACCAAAGGGUGCCAGAUGACAAAAGUGAAGAUGCAUCUGCAAGGAUGGAUGUACAUAACACUUUAUUUUUGCCAUAACUUAAUUAUCAAAAUUACAAAUUAUAUUUCAAAAAAGGUUUUUGACGAUGAUACUUGACUCCCAGAAUCUUAAGGGAACUAGCACAAAAUUUCAAGUUUUCCAUAAAAUCAGCCAGAUGGCUCUACACAACAUUCAUCUUAUCUUGUGAAUGUUAAGUGUUAUGGAAUGAGUUUUUCAAGUAUGAGUGCACAAAUGAAUCAUUUUUUAAUUGGUAAUUAGGUUGUAAUAUUUACAUUGAGAGACUGAGAAUUUCUUUUUUUCUUACCAGGGAGGGGAACAGGAGAUAUACUGUAAGAUUCUUAAGUAAACAGUUUAAAAAAAAUGUAGUCUGUUGUGUUGUUGAUAACAUCAUUUAUGCAUCAAUCCUCCUAUAGAUCAUCAGUAAAAACCAAUCGUACCUUUUAAUAUAUAAUUUUCACGAGAUCAUAUAAAGCAACUGAGAUGAAGCAUCAGUAGUUUGCUUCCAAUUCUGCUGGUUGUGAGUCUACUUUGGACUCCAACAUUGGUGAAAACUAGCCUUAAGUAGACAGAGAUCCAAGAGUUCUCUGGCUAAAAUGUUGUGGUCGAAACAAUUAUCCCUGAGAUACCAAACUUGGCAAUGAUGUGGUACUGCGCUGGAACAUAAAAUAUUUGCAUUUGGUGCUGUUGCCAUAGAAUAGGGUUUUCAAACAUCUUUAAAUAUAUUUGUUAAAAAUUCACUCAAUUUUCCCAACUUGUAAUUUUUAUCGCUGAAAAAAGUAGGUGGAGGAAUUUGAAUUAAAUGUAUUAUUGAAAGAUUUCAACAAAUGGAAUUUUUAUUAUUAGGUGUAUAAAUAUUUUUAAUUUCUUGAUAUCUGUUCUGUUGAAUUUUAAUCUCAGUGUAUUUGUACCAUAUUUCACAAGUUUUAAGGAUUGUUUGCACAUUUUCAGUUUUGUGUCUCCAUGCAUUGUGCAGAGGUUGUUUUCCUUUAUUUCCUUUGAGUUAAAUCUUUUUUGCAGAUUGUAGAUGAAGAUAUUUUGCUUGUUAGUGAUAUAGUGUUCUACCCUGAAUGAGAAACUAGAAGUUUAUUGAAUUGAAUAUUCAUAAUUGAUGUUGUUCACUGAAAAAUCGUUCCUUUUUCACGAUGUUAUGAAGGUACCAAAAUUUAUUUAAAUGUCUUAAGCCACACUGAUCUGAUCAAGCUGUUUGAUAAAAAAAAAACUAUAUUUUCAAAUUUAAUAGAUCCUAAAAUAGGUCUCAGUUCAUGUAUAAUUUACAUUGCAGGUGAUAUUUUAGGCUCUGACAAAGUAUAUAUUAUUCCAUAACUAAAGAGCAUAUUUCCAAAAGCUCCAACUUUUUGCCAACUAAAUAUUAAGCAAUUUUCCUUGACCCUUUAACUCCCAUGAGUGACCAAGACAGAAUUUCUCCUUUCAAUAUCAAUACAAUAUCAACCAGAUAGGUGAUGAGAAUGAAGAAAAAUAUCAAGUUGGGGAUAAUUAGUUGAUCCAAUACUAAAUUCUCUGAACAAACACUAUAAGAAUUGUAUGGUUGACAGUAAGGAGAAUUACAAAUUUGAUCUGGGAGUUAAAGGGUCAAAGCUUCUCUUUCCAGUGUCUCAAGCUGUUUCAAGGUCUCCUUUGUAAUUCAAGAUAGUAUGAUAUUUUUAAAAUAGAUUUGUAAGUUGAAGUAAAAUAUGGUAGCAAUAGUAGCUGUAAAUAGCCACUUUGGAAGGUUUUUAGAAUUUAGGCACAAGCACAUUCAAGGUAUUUCAUACAUUAUUAAUAAUAGUUUGUUAAUAUACAUCUCACAGUAAGUACAUGUGCUAUGAUUGGUCAAUUUAGUUGGCCAUAUUUCACUGUAUAACCUGCUGAAUUCAAAAGUUUUUUUUUGAAAUGAAAUAUUUUCCCUCUAUUUAAACCCCUAGUUAAAAAAAAAGAUAUAUCUUCCAAACCUUGUAUUCUUGGCCUUUACCGCAAGUUACGGCCUGGGCCAUUAAUCUGAGUAGAGAAAAUUUGGUUCCUUACAAAACAUACCUCAAACUCUGAUUUGUAAGUGGUAUGAACAAUUUGUGUUACUUCAUGCUUUAUGAUGUUAUCUGUCAUCUGUCCAUUAAAAGAAAUAUAAUAAUAUAAAUGUUAGAGA